GCUGAUAGCUAAGUUCAAGGUGCUUCGAUCGCAGUACGCACCCACUUGUGUCAGAGAAAAGCAUUCAAUUGUAACAAAGAAGAAGCUUUUAAACCAGCUGCCAAAAUGAGUUAUCUGCGUUCCGUAGAAAUCUCACGCGUUGAGAUGACUCCAGCGGAGGACGCCACCUACACGACCAGUAGCGGCUCGAAGCGUGCCAGUUACUCGCUGAUUGGCAUUAAAAUACUGGAGCUAGCACUUGUCAUCGUCUGCAUCGGCCUCAUCGAUGAGCCAUCCACGCACUCACAUCUGCGCAUCUUCAUAACGCCGCGCGUUGUUGCGCUCUGCUAUGUAACCUUUGGCAGCCUCAUCAUUUAUUCGUCAAUUUACUUAAUUAUGGCAUUGUUCGGCGAUAUCACCCCUUGGCGCACUUCGGUUUUAUGGUCUUUAGUUGGCUUCAUUCUCCUCGUUGCUGCGACGGCGAUGCUCUUCCGCGAUUGGUCCACCACAAAGGAACGCAACUACUGGCAUCCGAAUAUGCAACGGCUUGACCUAGUCUUGGGGGCUGCCUCAGUUUCAUUGGUCACCACGCUUAUCUAUUUGGUGGAUUUGUUGGCCAUAAUACGUUUUGGCAUUAGUGGUGAGCUGGAGUAGGGAUGAUCGAUUGUUUGAGCUAUCGACUGUAUGGGAAAGCCGAUGCCUCCUGUACGGGGUUCACCUUAAUGCUGUAAUAUUUACAGAAACGAGCGAGUAUAUUUUUUAUUGUAAUGUGUUUUAUUAAUAACUUCUUUUAAAGGAAAUAACUGCAAUAAUUUUAUGUUGAAUACAUAGUAUUAAGCUCAAUGUAUGUUUUUUUUUUCGUUGGUAUUUUCACUUAUACAAACAUACACAAUAAUAAUAUUAUUAAGCGCAUUCGAAUAUAUGUAUGUAUCAUUUGCCAUGGUGAAGUUUUUUUCAAAAUGUACAAAAAAUGCAAUUUUUAAUAUUGAGUAUCAAAUAAGAAUAUGUCAAAUAUGUAUUUGCUCAAAUACAGUUUUCACUAAAACAAAUUAGUUACUUACAUACUAAGGGCAAAUUUGAAAUAAAUCACUUUUUUAAUAUAACG